UGGAACAUCGAUCAUGGGUCUGUUAGGUUCGCGGGAGGAGAGUGCUCUGCAGGGAGAUGGGAGGUCAGGGUGGCCUGCCAGCUACGCCUCCUGAUCAAGAGGUGGGCAUGUCAGACGACUCGGAGGACGACCAUCCCCGUGCUCCUUUGAAACCGGGCUUGCAUGUAUCUCGCCGCCACGGUUUGCUUGGGGAGUCGACACCACAUGGAGGCGGCGAUGGCAAACGGUUGCGACAGGGCUCAGAAUCGACGACUCCUCGUUGUCUGGUCGAAAGGAUCGGUUCUUUCGUUCGUGGCAUGCAGGUGGUCGGGGUUUCGCCUGGAGAUCGAGCGGGUGGUGCGCAGGUUCGAGAGGUGCGUGGGUCAGAUGAGACGACUCGCCGGGCCCGACCAGCGCCGGGGGAACUGCAGACGGAGUUGAGCCAGGAACGAGAAGCAAGUGGGAACGUCGCCGGUAAGGAGGAGGUGUCCGAGCAGGGGCUGUUCCGUGAGAGAUCGRYUGAAAAGACUCARWCGGGAGGCAAGCGCAACUUGCCKGAUGAGGAAGAGCGAGAGGGACUAGGUGCUCUGAAAAGGCAGAGAAAGGUAGGAGGGAGUGCUCGGACGCCAACAACACGAGAGGGCGGUUCCGUUGAGAAGAGGAAAAGGGUUGGAGGUGGGGAUGAAACGCCAAAAGACUCGCCGACACAGCAAAGAACCGGUGAGUCUUCCGGGAAAAGGGCGAAAUCAUCGAGGGGGAAGAAAGCAGAUGAGGGCGAUAGCGGGGAGGGGGAUGACGACGUGGAGAUUAACCUCAACGCCUUUCACCUCGACAAUGCGUUCUUCCUCGAGAUGCAGACAGGGGUGCAGAAGGACGUCGUGUUGCACAUCCAUCCCGAAAGAAUAUUAGCUAUUCCUGACUGGGAAGACGCGUACAACCACCGAUCCUUGGACGAGUUCCUCGUUGAUACCAUCGCGUCGGCUAUGAUCGACUGCUACGAACGUAAAGACAUGAGAUACACGAAGCCCAUUUUCGUUCUCGCUCCGAUCGUAGCGCCUCCAGAGAACGGCGAGCCUGCUGUGCGCAUGCUGCCUGCUGACUUCGACAGCUCACACGCGGAGAGAUACUGGUAUUAUCCUGUGUGUGGACAGCAUAACGCGAGGGCGGCGAUGAUGGUGAAAGACCAUCCCGUGUUUGAUUACUACAACUUCUAUGACUUCGUCUUCGCUUUGGGGCUGAAGUUCUAUGAGGAGUGGUCGAAAGGGAAACUCCUUGCUUCUGACGGCCGGCGUUGGACUGAAAAGCCGCCCGCCCAUGAGGAGGUGGCCAAGCCAGAACUCUCCACUGUGACUGACAGCCAGGGGCUGAAGAAACACGUCUGGUACGUGAAGGUGGACGACCCGUCGUUGAAAAAGGGCAGGGGGAAGCCAAAGAAAGGCGCGGAGGAGAAAACUUUCUACGUCCAAGUUCCAAAGCCGGAUAUCCACUGCUGGAAGGAAUUGGUGGACUUGACGGACCGCGAGAAGAAAAGGCUGUUGAACGGCGUCUUGAACCUUAACGUCGUGUGGGUUCAAACGAGUAGCAAAAAGUUGGCUGAGCAGGGGAAGUUCAGUGUCAAGGAGAUGGUCGACAUAAUAAAAAUGGACCGGAUUAUGCUGAGGCUGUGGCACUACGUGGAGUUCGAGUACGAGGAAAUGGAUAAGCGGAAGUGGAAUGCCAACUCCACGUUCUUUAGGUCCAAGAAGCAACUGUUCGAAGAGUUCAAGGACAGAGGUCUCGACGACAAGCUUUGGAACGAGAGCAUGAAAUUUUUCACGGACACCACAUACGUCAACAAGUGCCCUCAGUUUCUCGGGUAUCAACACGACAACAACAUCAAGAGAACGACGGCCCUCGUCAACGACCAGCAUUUCCCGGCGGAGUGGAAGCGUGUCGUCCUUUCGGUGAUCACUGGAGAUCGCGCCAAAGGCAAAAAAAAAACUCGGGGCGUUGAUGAAUGCAUCAACAUUAUGUGGACAAGGACAAGCGCCUUGAUGACGCUAGCCCAGUUUAACGUCGACCCGUUGAGUGCCAUAGAUCAUAAGCAGGCGCUGGGAAAACUAGGGCAUCAGCUAUGCUCCUACACAUGCGUGCUCGACUUGUGCGGUGUUGUGGACCGUGCGCAAUGGGACUCUGGGGCAUUCGCGUCUCUGAGUGAGUUGUUGGGCUUCAUUUGUCAGGACUACUGGACAUUGGUGGUAUUCGUCCCCUGCCUGUGGAACCUCUCCUUCAUGACAUGUUUGUCUGCGCUUGGGGCUACCCGAUGCUACACGGGGAAGUGGGUUCGGAAGACGGCAUCGAAGAAGACGCAUCAGUUCGGAAACAACGUCUGGGAGGAGCUGGAUGUGAUGCACAUCCUUUUCAAAGGCGAGGAUCCUCAGCUACUGACUCACCCGGUGUACGAGGGAGCUGUUGCUGAAGACGACGACGCCGCUCUCUUGAGGAAACAAAAAGUGACACCCACGGAUGUGGAGGAGAAGUCUUUCAAGUCUUUGACUUUCGCGGACAUCGGAAACCUGACCCAGAGGAGGGCUCUGUACAAGGACGGCGAGCGAAAUCCGAAUCAGUUGUGCAAUCAGCUUCUUUUCUUCUGUGGUGUGGCGGAUGCCGUGCUGUUCUUGGGCAAGCCGCACGCGCAGGUGGUGUGGAGUCUGCUUCAGCAGGGAAGGCACGUCUUGGUCGUGGAUGGGGACACAACGCAGCUCGAAUACACCGUGCAGUAUGUCACCCAUGAAGUGYYGUCYAARGCUUACCCAUGCGAUUUCCACCAUGUCGUGGUCGAGCCCGUUUAUGACCCGAACAAGGACAUGUUCUUCAAGUUGACUCCGAAGAAAAGGCGCCAGGUCUACUCCUUCCUUUACGGUAAACAACCAAGAUUGAGAUUUGACCCGCAGUACGUGGUGCGGAAGGAAGUCGCCGUUGCGGUCCUCCAGGGCUACCACGGAGCGAGUCGGGCCGGCGCUGUGAGCUUCAUUAAGAGGCUGGAAUAUGUCUUUUUUAACGAGGAUGUUGUCGAUCCGGCAGACUUCACUUUGGAUAAGUACAAGCUGGCAUUCGGUGAGGAGGUCGACUUCAAUAUCGAGACUGAGCAGGAGGAGAGCGUUGAGGACGACCUCUUCGAUUUGGACGGGCAAUUGGCCAUCUUCAACGCCCAAGUUUCUGAGUCGCCAUCAGUAUGCAAACCGGGUACACCUCUCGCUACACCUACCUCGGGCGGUCCCACGCCCGUGUCCUCCUCAACGCCUGUUAAGAGGGACCAUUUCCAGCCAGUCCUUCUCGACGGCGAAUGGGCAGUGGUUGUGAGGGACGUAAGUGGAGGGUGGAUAUAUGACGAUCGUUGGGACCUCGAGACAUUCAAAUCCCGCGCCUACGAUGCGGUAUUGGAGAGAUUAAGUGAGGUCAAUCGACGAAAUAAGGACGACCCUGCUCUUCGCGAAUACGGGGACACACUGUUCGAGUUCUUGCAGUCAAAUAAAUGGCUAGAAGUGUCCUCCGCGUUCUACGCCCUUCUGUCAAGCCCGUCAAUUAAGCAAGUGAGUUGGGAGUUGCCUGGGGUCACCCCGCCGGCAGGAGUUGUGAAGCGCAAGUCUCGCAGAAAGGACGGCGACGGGGAUGGUGAAGGCGGCGGGCAACGAGGUACCGAAGGUGGAAGUGAACAGCGAUCGACGAAACAACGGUCUCCGGGGCACGCAGGCGGCGGAGAGGGGAGAAAGGGCACCCGGGAGAAGAAGAAGCCUCGCAGCGGAGAGAAGACAAAGCAUCACAGAGGAGACGGGCACGGGUCCGAUGUCGACCGCGACGAGGAUGUUGGGGUUCUGGCGGUAACAGGCAGCACCUCAAUGGAGACAGGGAACGACUUGAGGCCUGGGUAUAUUACGCGGCCUGGCGAGCAGGACCCUGUGAUUAGCUCCACCAACGAAACAUACACAGCUGUCUACAGAACUCGAACGGGUGGUCCGGGUUUCGAAAACCCUGGCGACGAAAUUCGGAUUCAUUCGAACCAGGAAGCCGUGUCUGCCAUGACAGAUGAUCGGUGUCAGGAUGCAGUAAUGCUCUGCGUGGAAGCCCACAAGGAGCUGCAGGCGGACUGUCGGACUGAGGGUGAGUUGGCGACCAGUUCCAAUGUCGAGCCCAACACACUCGGAGCCGAGUUACCAGCCGUAAGCGACUCCCCGGUGAAAGCGGUCAUGUCGGCGUCAUUGGAAACUGCGGGGGCUCGGAUGAAUCUGAACCGGGGCCCUGUGAACAUCUCCCUCCCUGAUGCAUCUCUGGAGACGACCAUGAUUCGGAUUCAUCCGAGGCACACAGACGAAGGACUUCAACUGGCAGGCGUUGAGGGUUGUCGACUACUGACGACUUUGGACAAGGACAAUUCCGUCGACGACCGGAUUGAUCCGACACUCAGCGACGUCAGGAUGGAGCUACCAGUUCAACCGGGAUACGACGAUCCCUUGUACUCCGCCCUUCACAACAAGGCGAUGGGGGAGGACGUUCUGAAGAAGGCCUCUGACGCUGUUGGAGAUAGAUUUCUCUAUUUGAGUGACGGCGACAAAGACACAGCGUACGGGGACAAGAAGUUAAAGGGGGGAGAGGUGUUGUUGGACAUCCAUAGGACAUUGAGCCCAACACAAUACGACACAGUGGCAAUGGAGAAAACACAACCUGUCGAUGUUGUGGACGUCGACGAUCUUUGUCCGGAGACGAAUAUACCGUCUACGGUCAUCGACGCCGACAUCUCGAGCCUGUCAAGGUUUCCUCGAGAUGGAAGAGCGGUCCUUGAAGACAUUAUCUGCUCCCGGUUGCCGCUCACUAUCAUCGUCACGCGUUUGCCGUCUCACAGUUUACAGGUAUCCGUCAAGGACAUCGUCGCACUCGUGGAUAGAUCCGGGGAGCUCAACGAUGAGGUUGUCAAUUUCUACAUGGCGAUGCUACCGGACGACUGCGGUCGGACUGCCGCUACCAUGAAGACAUACACCUUUAACUCCUUCUUCGCCUCUUCACUGCUUCUGCGAGGUUCGGCAGUUGUCCUCAGAUGGGCUAAAGAUGUCGACCUCCUGUCUCAUGACCUCGUCUUGGCACCAGUGCACAAGGACGGCGAACACUGGAGUCUUUUGGCCAUUGACUUCUCCAGACGUGUUUUGGAAAUCUGUGAUUCUUUCUCGUGUUCGUCAUCCAAAGAUUCCUUCUACUCCGCACUUUUGGAUAAAACUGUUAAAUUUUUGAACACGGUGGCAGGUGUCGCCGGUGAUGGUCGCACUUUCGACCACUUCGCUCGCGAGGUCAGCGUGAAAGGUGUCCCUCGGCAGCACAACGGGGCUAGUUGUGGGGUGUUCGUGUUGAUGUUCCCUACCUGUUUGGCGAGAAGUUUACGUCCACCUUUUGGUUUCUCCCAUAGACACAUCUCCUCUAUCAAAGCUAGACUAGCUUUGGCGAUUUGCGAUGUUGGUAGGUAAACGUCUAUUUCUUUGUUGAUCAUGUAAUGUAGAAGGGUUGACGUAGAAAAACAUUUCGUU